UCCUGGACUCACCCCGGCGCGUGCACUUGACUCUGCGGGAGCAAACAUGUCUCGGUUCGUCCGCCGUUUCCUUUGGGUCAUUUCCCAGAACCCGGGACUCGGAUCAGCGGCGGCACCGAGGAGGAUCCCGGUCAUCCGGACUUUAUCCACAACUAAAGGUCUGCAGUCUCUCACACGCUACAACGAGACCACAGACUGGCAAAAGAAGCUGACUCCAGAACAGUAUGUGGUCACCAGAGAGAAAGGAACCGAGGAGCCUUUCAGUGGGAUUUACCUGAGCCACUGUGAAGUGGGGAUGUACCACUGUGUCUGCUGUGAUGUUCCUCUCUUCAGUUCAGAAGCAAAGUACGACUCAGGGACGGGCUGGCCUGCAUUCAAAGAGGCUCAUGGGACAUGGGAGCGAGAUGAAAGCCAUGCCUCCAUCAUUCGUCGCCCCGACAACAGCCUGGGAAGUGCAGGGACGGAGGUCCUUUGUAAAAAUUGUGAUGCCCACCUUGGCCAUGUGUUUGAUGAUGGACCAGACCCAACAGGUCAGCGGUUCUGUAUCAACAGUGUAGCCCUGAAAUUUAAACCCAGAGACAACAGCAAACUGGACAAGGACAAGAAGAAGUGA